UAUCGACAAUUGAAUCCAUAGCCGCAUGGUGACGUCACGGCGCUGCUCGCUGAGUGGCUGGGCGGAUGCUGUGAACGCCAGGAGCAGACGUGCAUGCGCGUAGUGACAGACAGGGAAUAAAUCACGAAUAUUGCACGAGGAGCGCGGAGACAUUUGUUGUGUUUGGCCGCGCGGCGCGUGGACGAUGUAGCUGUGGUGAGCUCGUGCACCCAGGGGGGAUGAAGGCGUAACCGCGGAUCCAGCUGUGGCCUGCUUCUGCAAACAUCUGGUCAGAGCGGCCGGCCGGCUCCGGACCUUACAGCCGCGACAGGGAAGACAUGGAGGAGGGGGACUCCGAGGGGGAGGGGCCCAUGGCGCCGAGGGAGGGGCCAAGUGGUCCCAGCCUCCAGUCUGCCCCGAGCACUGCCACCGUGACCACCACCACCAACCUGCUGGCGUCCGUCAAAGAGCAGGAGCUGCAGUUUGAGCGUCUGACCCGAGAGCUGGAAGAGGAGAGGCAGAUGGUGGCCAGUCAGCUGGAGAGGUGCAUGCUGGGAGCAGAGUCCCCCGCUGCAGACAGCAGCAGCUCGUCAGAGAAGUCGUUUGCCUGGAGAACAGCAGGAGGCCAGUCCCAGGGGCCCAUGGAGGCCCCCGGGAGCCCAGGAGCGGCUGCAGAGCCAGAGGAGGCGCUGUUCCUGCCUGAUCCAGACCGCGGCUCUUUGCAUGAUAGUGAUGGCUCCGGGGGGCACUCGGCCCACAUGACCUCAUACUCGGACAGUGGGUACCAGGACAGCUUCUACAGCCAGACUGUGGUGCGCUCCGUGUCCCGCAGCCCCCGUGCUGAGGGACAGGCCUCUGCACAGGGUUCUGGACGUGUCCUCAGGAGGAUGUCCUCAGUCCCGUCCAGGGGCCAGUCUCCAGGCUGUGGUCCUGUGUCUCCUUCCCGUGUGUCCCUGCGAACAUCCCAGGGCAGUACCUACGAUUCGCCCAUCCUAUCUGAGCCCAAACCACUGUCCGCAGUGUUCCCGGGGACCACCAUGCCCCCCUCCUGCCCCUCGCCCCCCUCCCCCGGAGACCACGUCCUGGGCUCAGGGGCCCGGCUGGGCUCCACCCUGUCCUUGGUGGAGGGCAGACUGGGGUCCCCUCUGCGCUCCGGGAUGACAGCAGUACCCCAGCAUUACACGUCCACUCUGCCUCGGCAGAGCCAGUCACUGGCCUAUGGAGCUGACCCCUAUGGGCUUUACCAGCACCAUGCCCUGCCCCGGCCCGACAGCCUCAUCGGCCUCCACAGCUCGUAUGGGGCCCACACCGCUCAGAUGGACCCUGAGCUGAGAGCCGCUUUGUCCCCUGACUGUCCCAUGACCCCAGUGUUCGACGAGAGAGCCUUCCAGAGCCCCCUGUACCACAGCCCAGGCCACGAUCCACAGGGCCCCCUCUAUAGGACCAAUACAGGUCUGGAGACUCUCCCAAGGACCAGCAGCCAUGCUGGGACCCUCCCUCACAGCGGGACCCUCCCGUACCGGGGCAGCAACUACGGCCUGAGCUCCGGGGGAGUGUACGUGGACUCAUUCAGAGAGCCAUACUCACAGAGACUGUCAGGACUGGACCGAGGGGCCACUCGCACCCCCAGCAUCGAGAGCAUCCACAAGGACCCCAGGGAGCUAGCGUGGAGGGACCCGGAGCUCCCUGAGGUCAUCCACAUGCUGCAGCACCACUUCCCCUCAGUGCAGGCCAACGCUGCAGCCUACCUUCAGCACCUGUGCUAUGGGGACAACCGUGUCAAGAUGGAGGUGUGUCACUUGGGGGGCAUUCAGCACCUGGUGGACCUGCUGGACCAUAAGGUAUCAGAGGUGCAGAAAAGCGCAUGUGGGGCCCUCAGGAACUUGGUGUACGGGAAGGCCACGGACAACAACAAGGUGGCCCUGAGGAACUGUGGGGGGGUCCCUGCUCUGCUCCGCCUGCUCAGGAAGACCACAGACAACGAGGUCCGCGAGCUCGUCACAGGUGUCCUUUGGAACCUGUCCUCCUGUGACGCUGUGAAGAUGACCAUCAUUCGAGAUGCUCUGUCCACUCUGACCAACACAGUGGUCAUCCCUCACUCGGGCUGGAGCAGCUCCGCCCACCGCGACCAGCAGACCAGGGGACGCUUCCAAUCCUCUCUGCUGCUGCGCAACACCACCGGCUGCCUCAGGAACCUGAGCUCGGCGGGGGAGGAGGCGAGGAGCCAGCUGCGCAGCUGUGAGGGGCUGGUGGACUCUCUGCUGCAGGUGCUGCGAGCCUGCAGCAACACUACAGACUAUGACAGCAAGAUUGUAGAGAACAGCGUGUGCACUCUGAGGAACCUAUCGUACCGUCUGGAGGUGGAGAUGCCCUCGUCCCGCCUCAUGGGCAGCCCCGAGCUGGACACUCUGCUGGGCUUCUCCCCGGUCAGAGAGCUGGAUUACCUGUGCUGGGGCCGCAGGAGGAGGGGCCGCCAGAGAGGGGGCUGGCCCGACGACAAGUUUGAUGGUGUUGGACCUCUGCCAGGCCUGUCCCAGCCUCUAAGGGGCGCGGAGCUGCUAUGGCACCCCCUGGUUGUGAAGCCCUACCUGAACCUGCUGGCCGAGAGCUCCAACCCAGCCACUCUGGAGGGGGCAGCGGGUGCGCUCCAGAACCUGUCCGCUGGCAACUGGAAGUUCUCGGCGUACAUCCGGGCGGCCGUGCGUAAGGAGAAGGGGCUGCCCAUCCUGGUGGAGCUGCUGAGGAUGGACAAUGACCGCGUGGUGUGCUCCGUGGCCACUGCUCUGAGGAACAUGGCUCUGGAUGCUCGCAACAAGGAGCUCAUCGGGAAGUACGCAAUGCGGGACCUGGUGAACCGGCUCCCUGGCACUGCGCCCUCCGCCCUGUGUGACGACACGCUGGCCUCCGUCUGCUGCACCCUGCACGAGGUCACCAGCCGCAACGUGGACAACGCCAAAGCCCUGGCCGACUGCGGGGGCAUCGAGAGGCUGGUGGACAUCAGCAAAGGCCGUGGAAAAGGGUACUCGAUGAAGGUGGUGAAGGCGGCGGCGCAGGUGCUCAACACGCUGUGGCAGUACAGAGAGCUGAGGGGUCUCUACAAACAGGAUGGAUGGAACUACACUCACUUCGUCACCCCCAUCUCCACCCUGGAACGGGAUCGGUACCGCUCACAGCCCACCCUGCCCACCAGCCCCCUGCAUAUCACCCCUGUGGUCCAAUCAGGGGGCAGUGCCACAUCAUCUCCAGCGAUGCUCGGGAUAAGAAGGCACAGUUCGAACUACCAGAGGGCACAAUCUAUGCAACUGGACACCUACUACACAGACAACAGCCUACACAAGGGCCACUACACAGGGUCCGAGCAGAAAACCCCUUACUUCAUUGGAACAUACUCAUCUCAGUCUGGAGAGGACCUGCGGCGCUCCCAGAACCCGGAGCUGUUCUUUGAUGAGCCGAGCCGCAAGAACUACAACAGCUACAGAAUGUACCUGUCGUCUCCUCAGGGCUUCGCCGAGGACAUGGAGGACGAACCGGUGCCUCUGAGCCCCACCUCCCCCGACUACCGCACCCUCCCCUUCAAAGCCAACACCAACUACGUGGACUUCUACUCCACCACGCGGAGGCCUUCACACCGCGCCAACAAGUACACCGGCUCCCCCGACUCCUGGGUGUGAUCCAAAGAGCCACCUCUGUAGGACCAUGUGGGGGUGGGACACCAGAGACGGGACUGGACUGCAGGAGACAAUAGGGUUGUUCCGGUUACUUCCGAUCCCAUUUUCGCAUAUUUAACAGUGAUCUGUGAGGUUUGGGUUGCAUUUGCAGGUUGCAUUAUCCGAUACCCUGAUGAGUUGGCGCUGUCAGUCCCACUCACGCUAAUAAUGAUGCAUUAUUUAUUAUAUAGUGCUUUACAACUGAAUGCAUUAUUCACUUGUUCCUUAUAUCUGGUGGUGGUAAGAUACUUCUGUAGCCACAGCUGCCCUGGGGUAGACUUACUGACACUGGCUGCCAAUCUGCAUGUACAGCUUCACCAAUCACUCAGGCACGCACUACACAGGAGUGUUUGUCCACUGAAGGUUGGCGGUUCGAAUCCCCACUCUCGAAGUAAAGCAUCACUGGUUGUGUGGUCAGAUCCACUCACCUCUAGCUCCUGCAGAUGAUUACUGUCAUUGUGUCCUUGGGCAAGGCACGUAACUCCUUUUCCCAGUUUCUGUACAGCGGUGUAUGUGUAUGUGAAUGGGUGAGUAGUUCCUUGAAAGCGCUUUGAGUGCCUUGAAGGUGGAAAAGUGCUAUAUAAAAAUGUGGCCAUUUACCACAUUCGUAGGUAUGUGACUUGCUCAAGAACACAACAGCUCUGAAAUUUAACCACCAACCGCUGGGAUUGCGUGAGAAGGGCGUAUCCAUGAACAUUCUGAUGCACUGUUCAGUUUUGUUCUGCUUCCAAUCCAAUAUUGUCAUCAAAUCGGAUUCCAGUAACUAUCGAAACAACCCUAUGCUACCCAGUGGACUAGACCAACCCCUGCAUCUGGAGGGAAAGGAUUUGGCGGGGCCCGGGUUCCGAGUAACUGCCAGAGGGUGGUUUGGGUGUGUGCAUGUGAACAUAUGUAAGUGCAUUCGUGUUGACGCCAUGUUGGAGUGACUGGAGGGCAGCUUUCUGAGGGCAGCUCAAAUCUCAAAGCCAACCACACUGGACAACUCUACGGUGCUUUUUAACAUUGUCCGACUUGUGGAACCACGUUGAAAGUUUAUUUUUCUGCAGGGACGGUUUAAGAAGCGACACGAGUACUCACAUUAUAGUGUCAUGUAUUGUCUGUGGGGAAGACCAUUGAUUGUGCAACUUUUUUUUUUUUUGACGGAGAAUUGAUCAAAUGGUGCUGCCCUUCCUGUAAGUGUUUGAUGUGGACUUGAAUCAUUACUCAACAGUAAAAUGUGCAGUGACUGUAUUAAAAAUCAUUGUCAUCACAAAAGAACCAUUGAGAAACCCUUUACACAGCGGUGGUAUGGAAGAGCUGUGUUGGCCAGUGCAGUAACAACACUCAAAUGUGAAUACGUGUACAGACUUAAGUGGUUGCAGUGUCCCGUUGUAUUCGACAAAGUACAAAUUUGUAACUGUGUGAACAAGAAGAUUUUUUUUAUUAUUUAUGAAUUAUUUUGUAUUCAUUACUGUGAGCUGACCAAAUACGCAUUUGUCUGUCGAAAAUGAACGAUCGUGUGCAAUGUUCCACAGGGAUUAAAGAUGAUAUCAUGAUGCCA